AUGGCUGCAUCCAGCGGCUUACCGUUCAACCCGUUCAACGGAGUCUACGCGGUCAACGGAGUCAACGCGGUCAGCGCUUCCUCAGACGCUCUCCGCGUUCGCCCGCCAACAGUGCUCUCCUGCUCGCUCUCGCACGGCCUGUCGCUCUCGCUCCUCUCCUCGCUGACUGCCACGUGGCAGCACGGCAGGCACCGCCUUCGAGCCAGCACAUUGAGCACAUCUCAGUCGUUGGAUGAGCCAUCGUGGAAGAAGGCUCAAUCUGGGUCGUUGCUGGAGCGCUUCCCCCUGAAGGCGGCGGCAACGGCGAGCGGGCUGGCCCUGGCGGGCGACACGCUGGCGCAGCUCGUGGAGCGCCGCCAGCGCCGCCAGCAGCGGAAGCAACAGCAGCAGCAGCACGGCAGCCAUGGCCGCCACCACGCGGAUGCGCGCUGUGCUGCCGCCACGGCACCGCAGGAUCAGCACGUGGUGCCAGCAGGCGAGGGGGCGGGCGAGGGGGUGGGGCAGCACGACUGGGUGCGAGCGGUGCGCAUGGCGUCGUACGGCUUCCUACUCUAUGGCCCCGGCUGCCACGCCUGGUACCGCCGGCUUGACCGCCUGCUGCCCGCCCCCACCGCUGCCAACUUCGCCCUCAAGGUGCUAGCGAAUCAGGUGGUGGUGGGGCCGACUGUGCUGCUCGUGGUGUUCGCGUGGAACAUGGCGUGGAUGGGCAAGGCCAGGGACAUCCCAGACAAGUACCGUCGAGACUUCUUCCCCUCGCUCAUCAAGGGCUACAAGUUCUGGAUACCGGCCACCUGCCUCAACUUCGCAGUCGUGCCAUUAGAGGCGCGAGUGGCCUUCAUGUCAUGCUGCGCCAUCUUCUGGAACUUCCACCUCUCCUCUUCACUUGGCAAGGAGGCACCUCGCCCCGCACCGCAACGCGCACCUCGUCCUGCUGCGCCUCUCGCUGCUCCUGCUUCGUCUCCUGAUGAUUCUCCUGCCGCCACGACUUCUGCUGGUUACCAAGUGUUGGCUGCACCUUCUGCGUAG